CCCAUCACGCCUUCAUAUCUUGAAAGAGAAAUUGCUCCCAAUCUCAAAACUCUUCUCCGCAAAAAAAUUUCUACACUUUUUCAUCUCAACUCAACAACCCUUCUCUGAUCCAUCCCCAAUUUUCUCUCACACCCUCUUUAUCUUCUUCGCAAAUCCCAGGUAGGAGCUUUGGGUUUAUCUUUUAUUAUAUUCUGAAGUUGAGCCAAUUCAAGAUGCCGUGGUUUUCCCUUUUCAAGAGAAGUUGUGUUUGCUUGGUGGUGUUUUUUCGCGUGAUUCUGUAAUUUAAUCAUCUGAGGUGAUUAGGCUGCAGAGGAACUCCUCUGAUUAGUGUUUUUUCCUUUUUAUUACCAAAACUACUAGAAAGCUUGAGAAUGUUCUUUGCGAAAGUUGACUACAUUAAAAUGAGUGUUGGAGUUAUUGCAUACAGUCAAUUGAUGUUGGUUUGUCAGGCUGAAUAUUUUCGUCAGUUGCUUAAACCUGUUACGUAGUCUAGCUUCAAGGAACAUCUAUUUGGGUAGAGAUUGCCUUAUAUUGAACUGCAUCAUUAGAAGUCUGUCCAAAAAGACGAAGUUUUAAUUUUGUAAAAGUUGCCAUUAUUUUUUAGAUGGAAUUGGAAUAAACUUACUACCUGCUGUUAAGUUGUUACAUUCCUGUAGGAACAUCCAUCCAGCUUUAGAACAAAAUAAUUUUCAGUUGCAUAGGCCAAAUCAGCGUUGCUUCCACGUAAUUUAGUGAGAGUGAAAAGAUAUUAUAAUGCAGACUCACGAGUAUUUUCAUCGGGGAAAAGUGGUACUUCCUAUGGCAGACGAAGCCAUUGGUACUUAUAUGAAUGCUCCACAUACUUCUGCAUUUGGUGCAGUUUUACCUCCAGGUGCAAGGCAGAUAACACCUUUUGAAAGGUUUAACUUGCAUCCCUCUGAGGUUUGCCCCGAGAAUUUCAUUGUCUUUGAUCAAACAGAUCAACAAAACAGGGUUUUGUUCAACCCUGCGACGACCUACAAGUUUAACAGUCCUGGCUUCAACUUCAACACUCAUGCAUAUACUCAGGAUUUUGAAAAAGACAAAAUUAAUCAAAUGGAAAGGGAAUUGUCAUCUUCUUUUGAAGAGGAUUCUAAGGACAUUGAUGCAUUGAUGAGCCUAGACUCGGAUGAGCUAGAGGACUAUGAUGAAGAAGAAGUUAGCACAGCAAGAACUCACGAAAAGGAUGAGAGUACAACUGAUACUUGCUCUAGCUAUUACACGAAAUCAAGGAAGAAGAGGUUAUUAUCAUCUUCUGUACAAAACUCUUCCCGUACCAAAGGUUACUGCAGCAGCAGUGAAAAGAAACAACACCAGGAGAUGAAGAGGAUGGUGAAAAUAUUGAAAAAUAUCGUGCCUGGCGGAGGUAACCAAAUGGAUACCGUCACUGUUUUGGACGAAGCUGUAAAGUACCUCAAGUCUCUCAAGGUUGAAGUGGAGCAAUUCGGAGUUGGAGAAUGAAAAUGUUAGUUGGACAAUACAACGCAGUGGAACUCUAUUUGCUGACCUCGUUACGAUUCGAGGGAAGAUGCCUUGCAAAUUAAUAAAUCAAACUGACAUUUUACUUAUUCUGGUCAUGUAAGAAAAUAAUGUAAUCAUGUUACUUCUACUUGGUACUUGUUUAUUUAUCUUAUGUAAUGAAUUGAUGGGAUUAUCUGUUCUUUCCUAAAAUAAUGUUUAUUAUGCAUGUUA